UAGCGUUCACGUAGGUAGAAUUAACUGCAAUUUUCAUUGACCAAGCAAUUGUUUUUAAAGAUUCGGAACUGUGUCUCGAAAUUACUAAAGCAUAUUCAUGAAGCCGCCAUUGAAGUUUAACUCAGGGGCUACGCAAUGGCGGUCGAUGAAAAAUCUGUCUGUUUUAAACUGUCUCGUCGAAGUUCAUGAGUGUGUCUGGCAGAUUUAACAGGGUUGUGUUGAAACUGGGAAAGCAAAUCUUCACGAAGUGUAAGAGGUGACUCCCAGGGGUGUUGUCAAGAUCGUACGGCAGUGUCAGUAGCUUGCGGUAUCGACCGAUCGACUUUGAGUUGACGCAGAUUUACCAGUCCUUGCUCCAGAUUUCAGGAAAUAUAAAUGUACAGAAACAUGCAGAGAUAGCAUCGUGAGUGACCAUGAGUUGACUGUAACCACCCAUCGGUGGUCAUGCUGAAUUUCCUUGGCCUUAUACAAUGAGACCGAAACUUGUGAUCUGGAGAAUACAUUUGAAGAGUCACUGAUUGAUCUGAAGCUCAACCAAUCAGAAAAGAGCAACCAUGGCGAUAGUAGAUGUGGAGUUCAGGAAUCGCCUAAAAGCUCUGGAAGAGAGAGUUCGAGAUGCUAAGUCAGAGAUCCAUGUGGAUGGAUUGUUGGACAGUGUGACUGCUUUGGUGGCUGACUGUAACUUCCCAGGGCUGAGGAGGAACAAGAAUGUGGAGAAUUUCCUCAACAGAUAUGCCGGCCCAGUGGACAUGAUCAAUGGCUGCCGUCUCAAGGCUGACGACUUUGAAGUGGUCAAGGUCAUUGGGCGAGGAGCAUUUGGUGAAGUGCAAUUAGACAGUGUGACUGCUUUGGUGGCUGACUGUAACUUCCCUGGGCUGAGGAGGAACAAGAAUGUGGAGAAUUUCCUCAACAGAUUGACUCAGAAGGUGUAA